AUCGAAAGAUUUCUUCGAAAUUCUCUUCGACUGCUGAGGCGCGAAAUCGCCCACUGCGUGACGCCGUCGUGGACGUACGUGUCUGCCGCAAUCGGGCGACCGCAGCGGUUCCUCCAUGGCGCCGCGCUGCGUCGCGUCGCGUCGCGUCGCGUCGCGCCGCGCCGGAAGUCGAGGUCGCCGGCGCAGCCCUUCCGCCGGCGCGGGCGCCCCGACGCCGUGCGGUCCCGUCCCGACGCCGCUGCGGCCGCGCGAAGGCGGCGUUCGCUCCGACGCCAGCGCCCGCCCGCCCGAAACCCGCGCGCGGAGCGUCGCUGGUCGGACGCCGCCAUGGCCACCUGCAGUCCGCGCACGGCCGUCUGGAAGCUGCUGCUCGGAGCUCUGGUGGUGCAGUGCGUGGCUGCGAGUUCGCCUCCAGCGUUGCGCCAUGCGAGGCAUUUGCGGCGCAGCAGAACGGUGGACGAGGCGACGCGGCGAAUUGCCCAAGACAUUGCUGUAAAAGUGACGAAUGUUAGUUCGGUGACUCAGCUUUACAACUUAAUGGUGCAAUACAAUAAACAAUACUGUGAUGAUUCAGUCUUUAAAGAACUAGAGAAGUUAUCUAAAUCACGACAAGACGAGGCUGCACUUCUCAGUAUGAAGGCGCAUUGCAGGAAGUUCAAACAGAGGCACCUGGCUCGUAGCCUGCAACGCAGAGAAACGAGAGGUUCCAUGAAAAUUGGUAGCGAAGCUCAAGAAAUAGAAGCAUUGGUCAAAAAAUUUCAACGUACGAAAACAGGUUGCAAACCUAAAAACACCUUAGUUGAAUUUCCCCCGUCUGCAGAAUCUGUUUACUUACCCAGAUGCACCAAUGUCAAAAGAUGCUCCGGAUGCUGUCCAAACAAACUCCACGUGUGCCGACCGGUUGCUGGCAACAUACAGACUGUGAAACGCAAGGUCGUUGACAUUAGAGUGAGCACCAAAGACUAUAAACCCAUAAUGAAGGUGAAAGUGAUGGAAGUUGAACAACAUAAUAAAUGUGAAUGUGGUUGCAAAAUAACUGUUCAGUGUUCACCUCAACAUGAAUAUGAUGAACAAAACUGCAAUUGUCGAUGUAGGUAUAGUCAUGAAAUGAAACAUUGUUCUUUUCCAAGAACGUGGAACUCGAAUAACUGCAAAUGUGAGUGUCCUCCUGCAAGUUGCAGUCCAGGUCACCACCGCGAUCCCGAAACCUGCAAGUGCAUAAGAAGUUCCUCAAUAAUUAAUCUUACUACCAAGUUGAAAAAGCGAAAUAGAAAUACGGAAAAACCCGGGUAAAUUACAAAUAGAAUAAACAUGUAAUAAAGUUAUGUAAAUAAAAUGAGUUGUUAUUUUG